CUUUUUGCAUUUCAUUUCAACUGUCGACCGAGCAGGGUGUGCAUUACCAUCGUCGUGAGCAUUCCCUCGAGCGCAAAGUGCAAUCGCUUGGGAGAUUUGAGAUUACUUCCAAUACCCUAAGUAGUGUGCGGUGGUCGAGUGAAGUAUCGGGAAAAAGUGCCCCAUAACAAAAGUGAGCAUAAAACUUGCAGCAAGUGAAUCGGUGCGGGUUUCGGCUAGCAACAUUUGCAGGAAGUUUUCGCCGAGCAGCAGCAGCAGUGAGACACAUCAGUGUGUGUCAGAGUGCGUGCGUACGUAGUGUGUGUGAGUGUGUUGUGUGUGUGUGCGUGUGUUGGAUGCGUGCUAUAGCCGUGCUGGAAGCUUGAAGUGGAGCGUGUAAACGGCAGUGCAAGCGAGAAGGUGAGCAAUACGGCAAACGGAAGAAAAGAAAACGCAGAUAGUCUGAAAGCAGCCGCAGCAGCAGCAGCCAGCAGCAAUUCAAACAAAGAGCAGAAGAGCAGCAAAUAGAAAGAGAGAGUGAGGAAGAAAACGAAGAUAGUAGGGCUCGUGGACGUGUGUGUUUUUGUGUGUUUGUGUGAACAGAAGAAGCUGGUGGUCGGUUGUCUUCCUCUUGGGUGCGGUAUUACAGCGGGUCUGUGGUAUGAAUGUGUGUGAGUGUGUGGGGGAAAAGCGUGAAAUUUUCGAUAAAGGUAGCGAAAUUAGGUGAAAAUAUUGAAGCAAAACUACACUCCCGCGUGCAAGCAGACUUGUCCACCACCGUCGUUAGUUAGGUACGAGUGAGAUCAUUUGCUUAGCUGGUGAAUGUGUGUGCGUGUGUGUGGCUGUGGGUUUUGCAUUCGGUAAAUCAGCCGCUAGAAGACGGGAAAAAAUGUGCGCACUUGUGGCGGUUGUGGGUUAAUUAAGCUCCGGAGGAUGGAUGUUGGAUGGAUGUGGAUGCGGGUUCGCAAAUUUGGCCAUCUUUCAACUGGUUUGCUCAGUUUUGCAUUUGUGUGUAGAAGUAACGAACGCCGUGUAACCGCGAGAGUGCGUUGACACAUCGCACACAUGCAGAGAGUCGUUCGGUGUUGGCCCGGUUAAAAGGCGAAGAAAAAGAAAGGAAUCGAAUGAAACUGGCUCCUUUUUCGCUUGCGAUCUUGUUGACUAUUCAUCUCACACAUUCCCUGCCAAAAAAGCAUUAGAAGGGCCAGAGUAGGCGAGCUACAGUGCAGUGCCUAUAGGAAGAAACGUGCGGGGUUACCACCAGCCGGUAUCAAAAGUGUCGUAAACACGCUGACGAUAAUAUAAGAGCACCAACCAGCCUCCUCUCUAACGACGGAAUCCUUACCCGUGCCGGUGUAUUGUGGUCAGAUACAGCAAGAAAAGCCCCAAGUGUCGUCCCCCCAGUGUGUGUUCUCAGUGCUCAAAAUGCGUGAAUAUAAAAUCGUCGUGCUUGGUAGCGGAGGUGUCGGCAAAUCGGCCCUGACAGUGCAGUUUGUCCAGGGCAUAUUUGUGGAAAAGUACGACCCAACGAUAGAGGACAGCUACCGGAAACAGGUCGAGGUGGACGGUCAGCAAUGCAUGUUGGAAAUUUUGGACACGGCCGGCACAGAACAAUUCACCGCCAUGCGAGACCUGUACAUGAAAAAUGGCCAAGGAUUCGUGCUAGUAUAUUCCAUCACUGCACAGUCGACCUUCAACGAUCUGCAGGACCUUCGAGAGCAAAUUUUGAGGGUGAAGGACACCGAUGACGUUCCAAUGGUGCUGGUCGGCAACAAAUGCGAUCUCGAGGACGAGCGAGUUGUGGGCAAAGAUUUGGGCAGGAGUCUAGCCGCGCAGUUCAAUUGUGCAUUCAUGGAAACGUCUGCCAAAGCCAAAAUUAAUGUUAACGACAUCUUCUAUGACUUAGUGCAACAAAUCAACAAGAAAUCGCCCGAACGGAAGCCCAAUAAAAAGAAGAAAUCGCUAUGUGUGCUGCUGUAAAAAGAUCUACUUAGGCAAGGGAAGGGUCAAGAAGCUGAUGGACAAAAGCAAAACCGCUCACACUCACACAAAUCCACACACACGCACGCAGCCGCAUAAGAACAAUCCAUAGGAAUCGAACGUGGGGGAUCUGCGUGGGGUGUGGUGUGUUGCUGGGGUGAGAUAUGUUAGAUGUGCUGCAAAGGAUUUAAAACAACAAUAUAAUAAAAGGUAGGCAGAAAUGAAGAGUAAGAAAGAUGAUAAUCAACGUGUUAGGAGGAGAUUUGGAGGAAAAGGACAUGGCAAGGGUACAUUGUAUGUGCGUGUGUACCACAUGAGAUAAGAGGAGCUAUGGGGGAGGGGGAGGGGGUUCGAUCCACACUAUGGCGAAAAUAAUUAGGAAGUUUAAGGACGGAUGAGAAGAGCAGUUAGAGUGGUAGAUAUGGACACAAACAAUUGACAUACAUACACAUACACUCUCCCGAAAUAUACAAAAAAAACACACAAACAGAACACUAGACGAACUCAAAAAAGCAGACGCUACGAAGGACGGAGAGUAGGGAAAGCGAAGAAGGAUAAAAAAUGUAGUACGCACGAGAAUGAGGAUGUAUUGGUAGAGAGAGAGAGAGUGUGUUAGCGUUAAUUUAAGGGAUCAUCCGCGCAGAGCAAACACAUCCUCGCUUGAUCAUAUUCAUGUGGAGAAAAGAGGAGGUGGAUAAAUAGGUUCAAGAACAUAACGACUAAGCAUAUAACGUUUACACACAUUAACCGGACAAGAGAAGCAAUCCCAACACCACCGUAGUACCGGACCGUACACUGUCGAAGCAUUGAUCGACUGGAGUUUUUCAUCGUGACGCUGAAACAGAGGAAAGCAGCAGCAAAAGUACGGUUAACAAACAAAUCAAGAUAAAACAGUCUAUUACGGGAAGAAAUACAUUGACACACACACACACUGAAACAACUCACUGUGAAGGUUCGGUUCUUCGGUGAGAACAAACCCUCAAUUGCGGGAAGAUGGAGGGUUAUCGACGAUCGUAUGUGCCGGCUCCUCCACACACCGGUGUAUCCAUAUCCGUAGUUCUUCUCUUCCGGCAGAAUGCCGAUUCGGCCCUCACCACUGUUAGAAUACACAAGAAUUGUUGCAAUAGAUGACACAGGACGAAAACACAAAAUAACAAGCAAACGGAAUACGCUGAUCGACCGCGAAAUGUGAAUGUUGAGUAAAAGAAAAACAGUCUACCUUAUACAUAUAUACAUGUAGCUUCUAUUUCUAUUUCUUCUCUCCCUACCUUUCUCUUGCACAUUCUCUCUCUCUCUGCUCUACCUUAUUUUAAGUUGAUUUUGAAAGAAGAUUUUCUUAAGAACCCUGAUCGUGUCUGUACCAUAAGUGAUCGUUGUUCAAGUUGACCAAUUGCUUCACUAAUCUAUCUAUCUCUUUCUCCAUCUUUCUCUCACUCUCUUUCUCUUUCUCUCUCUCUCUCUCUCUCUCGUUAUAUUUGCAAACCUGAACACUCGGAUGAAAGUUCGCGCAGAUAGGAUUAUAUAUUUUUUAUUCUUUUAUUUUGUAUUUGCUCUAUGUGGACCGACGAAGUGAGAUAAUAAAUCAAGCCGCAUUUUGGCGAGGAAUCCUGGCAAAUGGAA